AUGCUUUUAGAAGGCAUCUAAAGCAUGUUAACCAACAUUAAAGAAGUAAAUGUCCAAUUUUACAAUAGUCUAUCGUUGAGGCAAAAUUGGUUAGAUUUAUAAGAUAGAAUAUAUAAUAGAGCAUAAUACUACAAAACUUAUGGAAAUUCUUGUAUUAGUGAUGCAAGAAAUGUUGCUGAGGUUAAUGUCUGUUGCGACAAUUACAUCUAAAGACUAAACAAUGACUUUUAUAACGAUGUAUUAAAAAUAUUAAAGGAUUAUUGA